CUGGAGCUAGAGACAAGAAGGUAAAAAAGGCUGACAAAAGAAGUCCUGGUAUCUUCUAUGGUGGGAGAAGGAAACUAGCUAAAGGGAAGAAUAAAUUAGAGAAAAAUUGGAAUGAUUGAAUCGGAACAAGGCAAAGGCUAUAAAAAAAUUAAGCAGCAGUAUCCUCUUGGGGGCCCCUUCCCCACACUAUCUCAAUGCAAAUAUCUGUCUGAAACGGUCCCUGGCUAAACUCCACCCAUGGGUUGGCCAGUCUUGCCUUGACCAAUAGCCUUGACAAGGCAACUUUGACCAAUAGUCUUAGAGUAUCAGGUGAGGCCAGGGGCCGGCGGCUGGCUAGGGAUGAAGAAUAAAAGGAAGCACCCUCCAGCAGUUCCACACACUCGCUUCUGGAACGGCUGAGAUUAUCAAUAAGCUCCUAGUCCAGACGCCAUGGGUCAUUUCACAGAGGAGGACAAGGCUACUAUCACAAGCCUGUGGGGCAAGGUGAAUGUGGAAGAUGCUGGAGGAGAAACCCUGGGAAGGCUCCUGGUUGUCUACCCAUGGACCCAGAGGUUCUUUGACAGCUUUGGCAACCUGUCCUCUGCCUCUGCCAUCAUGGGCAACCCCAGCGUCAAGGCACACGGCAAGAAGGUGCUGACUUCCUUGGGAGAUGCCAUAAAGAACCUGGAUGAUCUCAAGGGCACCUUUGCCCAGCUGAGUGAGCUGCACUGUGACAAGCUGCAUGUGGAUCCUGAGAACUUCAAGCUCCUGGGAAAUGUGCUGGUGACUGUUCUGGCAAUCCAUUUCGGCAAAGAAUUCACCCCUGAAGUGCAGGCUUCCUGGCAGAAGAUGGUGGCUGGAGUGGCCAGUGCCCUGUCCUCCAGAUACCACUGAGCCCCCUGCCCACGAUGCAGAGCUUUCAAAGAUAGGCUUUAUUCUGCAAGCAAUAAAAAUAAUAAAUCUAUUCUGCUAAGUGAUCACAAA